UUGAAAAACCCUAUAAUAAAUUUAUUUUAAAUAAUUUCUCAGUAUGAUUAAUAUAUACUGGUAAUAUUAUUUUUGGAAAAAUAACGAUGAACCCUUACAAGGAUGCUGAAGAAAGUUCUAUUAAUUCAUCUGUUCAUAUAAGUUACGAGGAUAUAGCUAGCAAACUACUCAAGGAUCAUCACUUCCUUACUGCCUUAGAACUUCACACUGAACUGGUAGAGAGCGGCAAGGAGCUACCACAGCUAAGAGAGUUUUUUUCAAACCCAGGAAAUUUUGAACAGCAUGUUACUCGUGCAACUGAUUUUACUUCUAUGCAUAGAACACCUAGCUUGGCAACAUUGGACUCAUUAGACACCGCAAGAUAUUCAGAAGACGGGUGUGGAGACCGUGCAGGCAGUGGCGGUGAGGUGGCUGUUCUAGAAUUUGAACUGCGGAAAGCAAAAGAAACCAUUAAUGCUCUGCGGGCCAAUCUUACUCAGUUUGCUGAUGGAGAACCAUCGUUGGAAAAAAAAUUUGCUGACAAUACUCAAAGAACACUUAAACCUCAUGAAAAAAGAGCUUUAAAUUUUCUCAUUAAUGAAUAUUUACUUUUACAAGACUAUAAACUAACAAGCAUCACAUUUUCUGAUGAAAAUCCAGACCAGGAAUUUGAAGAUUGGGAUGAUGUGGGUCUCAACAUGCCCAGGCCAGACGGCCUGAUAUCCCUGUUUUGGGGUGGCACAUCCAGAAUGUGUCCAAAAGUAGACGCCUCUACUGAAACAUACAUCUCCUCAUAUAAUGUUCAGUGUCAAACUAAUUUGGAAGAGACUAUGAGUGUAUGUCAGGAAAGCGACGUUACUGAUUGGAGUCGUGAGGUUUUACUUCAAGCUGAAGAAAUUCAAAUGUUGAAACAGAAUAUAAUAGCUUUAGAGACUGAGAAAUUAAACUUCCAAAAACUAUAUGAUGAAGCCAUAGUGACUCUAAAUUCACUAACCAGUCCGGCCUCUGAAAGCAGAGAUUUAGUUUUACAGCUACCCGAAGAUAGACUAAAGGAAGAAAAUGUAGAUAUCGACGAAAUUAAAAUAGAAAAAGAUUUACAAGAUAAACCUAUAACGUAUAUGGCGUCGGAAAACCACUAUGGCAGCGGCAAUUCUACUCAUAGUGCUACGCCUGAUCAGUUUGAAAUGGUUUAUAGUGAUAAAAAUAAUAUCGAAGUAAAAAAAGAGAAAGAAGAAGCACACGAUCCACAGUUCAUCGACAGAGGAUCACCGCUGAGGCCUGGCAGUGUGAAUACUCUGGAGUCGCUGAGCAUCAACGACGCUAGCGAGUGGACGAGGGUGCAGUACGACUACCCCACAGAUACUAAAGAGACGUGGAUAGAAAGAAACAUUAUUCCAAACAACCUAAAAGAGAUGCUGUUAAAUUGGAGAAGAGAGAACUUUAUCCAAGACGAACCACUCGCAAACGAUCUGUUGCUAGAACUCAUUAACAGGGAGAAACCUAUCGACAUUAACGACCUUUUGCCAUUGGUCGCGGAAACUUUACCACGGAUUCUCCCUCACACGCUGGUUGGGCGGCGGGGGGAGGCGGCGGCGCUGCUGGCUGCGGGCGCGGCGCUGGCGGGCGGCGCGCGGCCCCGCCUACUGCACUCCCUCCUCACCAUGUACAAGAAACCCGAUGCCAGAGACACGCAAGUUAUAUGUCAAGCCGCCUGUCUGGUUGUGAAAUGGGGUGGCAGCGGGGAAGUUCUAUCGUGUGUCGCAGAGCUACUGGCGUCUAAAACGGCAGAAAGAAGGCUUUUAGCCAGCCAAGUGUGCCUCGCCAUAGCUCCUUACGUGCCCUUGGAACUCUGUACUUCGCUGUUCCUGAGUCUAGUGGCCCUUAUGUGCGAAUCCAGUGAGAGGGAAAUAAGGGCUAUAGGGCUAUGCGCCUCAUGCCUCGUAUGUCCGGUGGCAGAACACAAGUACAGCCAGCUAGAGAGUAUAAUGUUCAACUUCUUCAAAGAUCCCUUUGAGAAGAAUGUGCAAAAUACUGUUAAUGUGUUUUUGCCUAUUAUGGCGAGGUGUGCGCUGUGUUCAGGGAAAUUUCACAGUGAACUUUACAAACGUAUUUUAAGUAACUUCAGUAAAUCAUGCGAGGAGGGAGAAUGGAAAAAUGUUGUGCUAUACCUUGACGCCAUGAGAGUGUUAGUUUUAGCGAAAUUAGUCUACGUUGCAAAUGUUCCAAUUGUAAAGGAGGCUGGUGUCUGUGAUACAGAGAAUACUCUACAAGAUGUACCACUGAGUGAGACAACUAAUGUGACAGAUUUAGACAGUUUUCUGUCUCUUGACAUGGAUGUAAAACAGCUGAUGUCGGCCAUGAAUAGUUUGUUGAAACAGAAACCGAAAAUCAGAUGGCCGGAACUCGAUUGGAUGAUAGAUACGUUCAAUCAGAUUCUGGAAGUCACCGCAAAAUCAAAAAUGUUGCAUCAUCAUACGGCAUACGAGUUAUUAAUUACUUUAGUCAAUACCUACAUCGAGAAAGGAGGAGCUUCCUUUACAGUUGCAGUUCUAAAGCCCAUGUUUGAAAACAUAAUAACAGUUUUUGAGUCGAAAUUGGAAAAGUUGGACACGAUUAGUAGCGAUAUGUUCAUAAUAGUCGGAGUGUACCUAGCGACUGUGCUUAUUAGUACUGAAACACCGUACAAGUGUGAUAUAUUUUUGCAAAAGUGGCUAGUAUACUGCAGCAGUCGAGCGCUGCCGGUCGCUGUAUACGCGGUGCCGUUCAAAUGGCUCGCCAAACACAAACCUGAACAACUCGACACGUAUAUGAAGAAUUUGAAAAUAUUCUCGGAGAGCAUCGGCGAGAGCUUGAACGUGGUGUCUAUCCGCACAUACGUGGCUGAUCUCACCACGGAGCUGCUGAACACUGCCACCGUCACCGCCGACUGCCUGCUGAGGCACGCGGCGCCGUUGGUGCUGCGGCUGCUUGACGACGCCGACGUGGGAGUUCGUGAAGCGGCGUAUAUGGCGUGGGGCCGGGCGUGGUUUGAAUGCAGCAGUCGCGCCAAUGCAGACGAGGAUAUAGAAAAGGCGGAUUCUCGAGGGGCGGAGCUUGCGAAUAAGGCGCAGCUAUUAGCGAGAAAGGCGGACGCAUUGCUGAAGCGGACGCUCAGCGUCCGUGAGGCGGCGAAGUUGGCGCAUGUCUUCGCGUUGCUCGUUACUGAGCAGAGCCAAGUGGAUGUCGCGGUGUCAGCGCUGGGCACGCUGACAGGUCGCGUGGCGGGCGGUGUGGGCGCGGCGGGGGCGGCGGGCGGGGAGGUGGUGGCGGCGCUGAGCGCGGCGCUGCAGCUCGCCGCGCUCCAUGCGCCCGCGCACCCCGCGCUGCUGCCUGCCGCACGAAAACUGGAGGCAAUCGUCCAAUCCCCCUCCCUGUGUCAAUACAAACCGACAAUCGACGCGCUAUUGCAGCGGGCGGGGGGCGGGGCCAGCGCGUCGGUCACGCCUUCGCCACGCCUCGACGCCGCCUCCGAAGUGGGAAGACGAGUAACGCAGAUAUUCAACGCGAAAGCCGGCAACUUACAGAAUAUGUUCAAGAAGAAGACGUAACGGACGUCCUAUAUAAUUUCUCCCUAGCUAAAAAGUUUUAAGUAGAAGCUAUGUUAUGUCUUAUGUAAGGUAUGUCUUGUUUUUGUAGUAUCAAAAAAAUUGUAUUCAUAGGCAGAUAACGGACUUCCUGAGAGAGCCUGUCCACACGGCG